AUGCUCCUUCUUCCCUACCUAUUCGCCAAUGGCAGUGGCUGUUCCUCGCUAGGCACAGUAUUAAAAAACGGGCGAUUCAAUGGACGAGGAUACAUGUUCUUGGCCGCGGACUUUCUGUUUCUGGGCUCCCUUUUAAUCAAUGGGGGAUGGGCAAAAUGGUUAACGUUGAGCACUCUGGUAAUAGCCACCAUCUCCUAUAUGGGAUAUCUAGUGACACCAGAUUGGCGAGAAAUUGUUGACAGCAAGCACUACUACUCCAAUUGGAAG